AAUUCACGGGAACUACAUUCGAACUGUGGCGGUUUGUGUAUUUGACAGAAGAUUUUUCGUCGACGAGAAAACGUAAACACAAUGCUGCUGGCAGGGAGCGUCCGCCUGCAGUGUCCCGCCCCUUAAUGAGCCUGCUGACAGGAUAACGGAUCAGGUUCGGACACUUAAGGAAGUGGGACAGAUGGCAGCAGAGGAGGAGAUGGAGCUCCUCAGGAGCCAGCUGAGGGAGAGGGAGGAGCAGGUCCAUCAGGCUGCUCAGGCUGGCUUAGAUCUCCUCAACCAGCAGAUGGAACUGCAGAACAGACUGGAUGAACAGAGAGUAGAGAUGACCAACGCUCUUGAGGCCCUCGAACAAGACAAGUACUCCCUACAGAAGGAAGUGGAGUUGAAGACUCGGAUGCUGGAGUCACUGCAGUCAGACUACGAUUGUGUGAAGAACCAGCAGAAACAGCAGCUUCAGGAACAACAAGAACAUCUGGAGAGGAACCACAGCAUGGCACUCAAUGAGCUCAACAACAAGAUGCUGAGGUUGCAGUCUGCUCUGGAAGAAUCUCAGUUGACAGAGAAACAGCUGAAACACAAACUUGAGGUCCAGACUGAGACUCUGAAUAACAAAAUGGAGGAGCUGCAGGCUCUAAAUGAACACACCCAGAGCUCAGUGACAUCUGAGAUGAUGGAGGUGCAGAUGAAGAUCAUGGAGCUGGAGACUAUUAAGGUGGAGUUGGAGCAGACUCUGCAAGAAUCUCAGUACAGAGAGCAGCAGCUGGAGCUGACCAAUAGCAGCCUACAGCGUCACCUGGAGCGAAUCACAGAGGAGAAAGAGGAGCGAGAGAAAGAGGCUGUUUCCUGGUUUAAUGCAUUAGAGAAAUCCCGCGAGGUGAAUCGGGACCUCCAGAUCCAGUUGGACCAGGUUCUACAACAGGCCCAGGAUCCCAACAGCAGAGGGAACUCUCUGUUUGCUGAGUUGGAGGAUAAGCGUGCUGAGAUGGAGAGACAGCUGAUCAGUAUGAAGGUCCAGUAUCAGUCCCUGCAGAAACAGUACACCUUCAGCAAACAGCAGCUGCAGCGCAUGAAGGUUCAGAUAGCUACUCUGAUGCAGCUCCAGGGUUCCAGGGCUGACCCUGCUCAGCUGGAGAGACUCCAGUCCAUGCUCUCAGAGAAGAACGGAGAGAUCCAAAAUCUCAUGACUAAACUGCAGAGACUGGAGAAGGUGGAGAUGAUACUGAAGUCUCAGCCAGCUAAUCCAGCUCCAGCAGAGAGCAGUGAUGGCCAAGAUGAAACCUACUACACUGACCUGCUCAAAAUGAAGCUCAACAACACUGUUAAGGACGCAGAACGUCUUGGAGAUGAGCUUUCCCUGCAGAGGAUGAAGUCUUUGUCAGAGAGCCAGAGAGCUCUGGAGCUGGAGAGGAAACUCUUCACAUCUGAGCGUCUGCUCAAACAGGCUCAGAGUGACAAGAUCAAACUACAGCUGCGAGUAGAGGAGCUACAACACAAAUAUGAGCCCAGAGAAGCAAAAAAGAAUCUGAUUCAGAAGAGAAAGAAAGAGAAACUUCCUGUGGACAUCGUACCCUCCUCUGAGGAAACCACAUGUGACAGGAGUGAGCAGGUUGUCACUGUGGAGAUGGAUGUCACACAGAAGACUGCAGAGCCAGAGGCUGACAUCUGUCCUACAGCUCAGGCACUCAGCUCUAAACAAGGUUCAGAGCCGACUGAACCACGGGCUGCAAAGUGUGUGAAGAUCAAUGAUGAACCUGUAGUGAUUCCCAACCCCAGCUCUCCUGGGACUGACUGCAAGGAGACAGACAUGGAGGAGAACCAGCGGCAGAACAAAAGGGAGGAGAGAACAAAGAAACAGAAAACAGUGGAGAUGAUCCACGUCAGCUCUAACAGCAGCAUGGAGAACCAAUGUGCUCAACAAUAGGCCUCAUCUGUGUAUGCUGCCACACAUGGAUGUGUACUGCACGUAUGCAGCUGUAACUUCUGAGUCUUUAUUUCCAUUCAGAUAUUGAGAUUUUACCAUUUACCAUUUAUGCAGUUGCUCUAUGCUGUUGCAGAAUUAAAUCGUGCAACAAAAACUAUUCUGUGUCCACUUUCUAAAAACAUGAAUAUGAAUCUGUUCUCUGUUACUGUGCAACAGAUUCAUCUGACAUUUGAAAUUACUACAAAUUAUUUUGCAUAUUGUUGGCUCCAAAUGCAUGAGACACCAUAUGAAACACCAUCUGAGCCCUGACCCUGAGGUUUAGAAACUGCUCCUGUUCAUAUAAUACCAGAUUAUAUAACUGUUCUGUGACUUCUGUUACUGUGUAUUUAAAAAAAAAAGAAAAAGAAAAAAAAGGCAAGUUUGCUAUGGUGUUUUCCCUGAUGGUGAGACAUUCAGGAUGUGUUUUUCAGUAUUUCAGAUGUCUGAAACGUCAAUAAAAUUUUAUACAAUUUA